AAUGAUUUUAUGUAUAGUUGAGUUUUAAUAGGUUUUCAUGUUGUCUAAGCCAUUUUAUUACUCUUAACCAUUUUAAUGUGUGUAUGUCUUUAAAUGAGUCUGGGUCUGAUCACAUGACAGGAAAUAGGAAAUGGACAGCAUAAGGAGAUAGCAUGCCAAACAAGCAAGGUCAUUGCUUACGACCAUUUGGUGAUCACCUAUAUACUGGCUAGUGGAGUUAUCUUUGUGGACUCACCUUUCCUGUGCUUUUGGAUUAUCACUUCCGUGGACUUUUUGUAUAUACACCGGUGGACACUUUUACUUUGAAACUUACAACACUGGAUUUCUUAAGGACUUAAUGGUAUGGAACUGAAAGACUCAGCCUAGGAUUUCUAUUGUGAAUAUUUGUACGCUGUGACUUCAACUAAAGCAGAAGAGAAAGGUUAUGCCUGUUAUUAUGACAAAGUGAGGAAGACCUUUCUCUCUGAUGAAUUCUCAGCUGUUUGGAUGCACUACAAUGAAAAGGUUAACCUUGAUAAAGCUACAUUCCAGGAUCAGUUUGAUUAUCUUCAGAAAAAGAUGAAGCUAUCUUGCUCCGGUCGUUUUGGGGACAUGACAAUUGUUAAAAAUCCAAUCAGUGAGUUUUUGAAAAACACCCCUCGGACAGUUCAACAGACGACUACAGCUCAGAUGUUGGUGUUAACGGAUAAAACUAACCACGAAGUCACUUUCAAAAUCUCGAAGCACCAAACUGAAACAGAAACUGAUGCAGGCAAGAGACAAGUUCUGAUCAGAAAAUAUGAAGCUCUUCAUCAGACUAGAGCUCAAAUUGAAGGAACAUUUGACGCUAUCAACCAGCGUUGCUUUCGUGGAGUUGUAGUUGAGGAUGAACUGGUUGGAUAUUAUAGGUCUGCGAAAGAUUUAUUUGCUUUUAAAAAUGAUGCUGAGCAUUUCAGGACAACCUGUUUUAACUGGCACGAGGACGAGUUUCUGAUCACCUUGUCCUACAUGCAUGUAUUUGCUCGUCUCUGUACAUAUGGGUUUGGAGCGGAGAGAAUCAUAGAGGUCAUAACAGCAGUCUCCAGUGAAAGCCUCAGUGUGUUCCUAUAAACAACAUGCUUAUGAAAAAUCAAAUAGCAUGUGGAGUAAAUAUGCACAAAUGAAGUCAGUCUGCCAAAAACAUGGCUUUACUACAAGCCAAGCGCUAAAUUUCUGUGUAUAUUCAUCUGACUUUUUGACCUAAAAUAGCCAUGAAGCCAAGAAAAUAUUUAUUAAAUAAUAUACUGAACACAUUUACAAGUAAACAAUGUAGGUUUGAUUUAGUUUAUACACAGUUCUAUGAUUUCAAAUGGAUGAAUAUUUUGGAGGGGGCUCUGCGCCACCUACCCUUACGAAAAAGUAUACUUGCACUUCAUUUUAUGAAGUAUACUUAAGUAAUGUUGAAGUAUAUUUUAAGUAUACUUCAAGUAGUAAGUAUACUAACAUCUAUGUACUAGUAGUAUACUUG